AUGCCUGGCUUUCAUUGCCACCUUCCCCGGGAAGAAGAAGAACAAAUUAAAGAAGACGAGGAGGUGAUCGUUAUAGCCGACGACCACGAAGAAGAUAGGAUCGACGUAACGAGUGAAAACGAAGAUGAUGAUGGGUCUUGUAAUAUGAGUGACGAAUCUGAAAGCAGUGAAGCGUCAUCAAUAGAGAACGACAUGACCAUUCAACCGUGGGUCCCUAUAGUCAGCUCGAGCGAGGAUGAUGAGUCAGAGGCAAGUGGCUUCUGGACACCACCCUCGACCAUCGGCGAAGAUGUCGAAGAAGUGCAGGUACCCAGAAACACCGCCCGACGAGCCACACGGCGCCUUAACACAGCCCGGAGAUCCAGAGCCAGCCGUCCUGGUGUGUUCGCCGUGAGGCGAGGCCGACAUCGACAACCUGUAGCUGAACAAGAAUUUAUCGAACUCACACCGUUCGAGAGGGGUCUUACAUUCAACGGCUUCGCUCGGGACCUCGUGCCCGAAAGAAUAGUAGGCCAUCAACUAGAAGGCUACCGGAAGAACCUCUAUUACAGGGUAAAGUGGAGAACUGUCGAGGAACCUAAACUGAUAGAAGCUAGCGUGAUGAAAGCCUAUAGACGGGACCUGAUUGUCGACUACUUUGAAAACAGGAUUAAAGAGGAUUUUUAA